AACAGACUGGAGAUAACCAUCACUUUGUGGUUGUUGUUGCCAUCAACACUUGGCCGGCUGCUUGGCAAGAUGAAUUGGAUUGACUAAUUGUGCCGUUUAACCUUCAGACCUGCUGACACAGGCAGCCGUCACCAGCCCGUUAGGUCGCUGGCUGCUGUUGGCUCUGACCGUCUGAGUGCUGUGUGAUGGCUGCAGUCUGAGGGAGGUCAACCUGUGGAUUUUAACGACGCACACACGCACAUAAACACACACACUCUCUGGACGCUGGACACCUGAGGAGGAGAGGAGGCCCUCUGGAACAAUGGCGAAGUACCACUGGCAGAGUCAAAAUGUCAAGCAAAGCGGGGUGGACGACAUGGUCCUGCUGUCCAAGAUCACUGAGGACGCCAUUGUGGAAAACCUCAAGAAAAGAUACAUGGACGACUACAUCUUUACAUACAUCGGCCCUGUGUUGAUAUCAGUCAACCCGUUCAAGCAGAUGCCCUACUUCACUGACAGAGAGAUCGAACUUUACCAAGGAGCUGCCCAGUAUGAGAAUCCACCCCACAUCUACGCCUUGUCUGAUAACAUGUACAGAAACAUGAUGAUUGAUGGAGAGAAUCAGUGUGUCAUCAUCAGUGGUGAGAGCGGUGCUGGAAAGACAGUGGCUGCCAAAUACAUCAUGGGAUACAUUUCCAAAGUAUCUGGAGGAGGAUCGAAAGUUCAGCAUGUGAAAGACAUCAUCCUACAGUCAAAUCCUCUGCUGGAAGCUUUUGGUAACGCCAAGACCGUCCGCAACAACAACUCCAGUCGUUUUGGGAAAUACUUUGAGAUUCAGUUCAGCAGAGGAGGAGAGCCAGACGGUGGCAAAAUCUCAAACUUCCUGCUGGAGAAGUCGAGGGUGGUGAGCCAGAAUGAGAACGAGAGAAACUUCCACAUUUACUAUCAGCUGAUGGAGGGCGCCAACGCUCAGCAGAAAGAGGGCCUGGGCAUUAUGACCCCAGACUACUACUACUACCUCAACCAGUCUGGGACCUACAAGGUGGAUGGGACCAACGACAGCAAAGACUUCCAAGAGACUAUGGAAGCCAUGCACGUCAUCGGGAUCCCAGGGGACAUCCAGGCUCAGGUGCUGCAGAUCGUCGCAGGCAUCCUCCACCUGGGAAACAUCAGCUUCAUAGAGGCAGGCAACUAUGGGCAAGUGGAGAGCACGGACUUGCUCGCCUUCCCUGCCUAUCUGCUGGGCAUCGACCCCAACCGCCUGCAGGACAAGCUGACCAGCCGGAAGAUGGAGUCAAAGUGGGCAGGGAAGUCUGAGUCCAUUAAUGUGACCCUGAACCAGGAGCAAGCCACCUACACACGAGACGCCUUGGCCAAAGCCCUCUAUGCACGACUCUUUGACUACCUGGUGGAGGCUAUAAAUAAAGCCAUCCAAAAACCAUAUGAAGAAUUCAGUAUCGGAGUACUUGACAUUUACGGCUUUGAGAUAUUCCAGAGAAAUGGCUUUGAGCAGUUCUGCAUCAACUUUGUCAACGAGAAACUUCAGCAGAUCUUCAUUGAACUGACUCUGAAGGCUGAGCAGGAAGAGUAUGUGCAGGAGGGCAUCAAGUGGACUCCCAUCGAGUACUUCAACAACAAGAUUGUGUGCGACCUCAUUGAAAAUAAAUUGAACCCUCCUGGCAUAAUGAGCGUGCUGGAUGAUGUGUGCGCCACCAUGCAUGCCAAAGGAGAGGGUGCAGAUGUCACGCUGCUGCAGAAACUGCAGGCUGCUGUAGGCACGCAUGAACAUUUCAACAGCUGGAACUCUGGCUUCGUCAUACACCACUAUGCUGGCAAGGUGUCGUACGAUAUCAACGGCUUCUGUGAGAGAAACCGGGAUGUGCUGUUCCCUGACCUCAUCGAGCUCAUGCAAAGCAGCGAAUAUACCUUCAUCCGUAGCUUGUUCCCUGAAAACCUCAACAAUGAAAAGAAAGGCAGGCCGACCACAGCCGGCUCAAAGAUCAAGAGACAAGCUAAUGAUCUGGUGAACACGCUGAUGAAAUGUACCCCACACUAUAUCCGCUGCAUCAAACCCAAUGAGACAAAAAGGCCAAAAGACUGGGAGGAGAGCAGGGCUAGGCAUCAGGUUGAAUACCUCGGACUGCGGGAAAACAUUCGUGUGAGAAGGGCUGGAUUUGCGUACCGCAGAGUCUUCAACAAGUUUCUGAUGAGGUAUGCCAUUCUGACAGCUGAGACAUGGCCAUGUUGGAGGGGUCCUGAGCAGCAGGGGGUGCUUCACCUCCUCCGAUCCGUCAACAUGGAUAACGACCAGUAUCAGAUGGGACGCACCAAAAUCUUUGUCAAGAACCCUGAAUCGCUUUUCCUGCUGGAGGAGAUGAGGGAGAGGAAGUUUGACACUUUUGCACGGAUCAUUCAGAAAUCCUGGAGAAGAUACAUUGCCAGGAAGAAGUAUGAGCAGAUGAGAGAGGAGGCCUCAGACAUCCUGUACAACUCAAAGGAGCGGAGGAAAAACAGCAUCAACAGAAACUUCGUCGGAGACUACCUCGGCCUGGAGCAAAGGCCUGAGCUGCGGCAGUUCCUGGCCAAGAGGGAGCGUGUCGACUUUGCUGAUUCUGUCAACAAGUUUGAUCGCAGGUUCAAGUCUAUCAAGAGAGAUAUGAUCUUGACACCCAAGGGCAUCUAUCUGAUUGGUCGAGAGAAGGUGAAGAAAGGACCUGAGAAGGGACAGAUAAAGGAGGUCCUGAAACGAAAACUGGAGUUUGGAAGCAUCAGUGGUGUCUCUCUCAGUACCAGACAGGAUGAUUUCUUCAUCCUGCACGAGGCCCAGUAUGACAGCCUGCUGGAGUCCAACUUUAAGACGGAGUUCCUCAGCCUGCUGUCAAAACGCUACGAGGACGUGACCAAGAGAAAACUGACAAUCUCCUUCGCUGACAGGCUGGAGUUCAGAGUGAAGAAGGAGGGCUGGGGUGGAGGAGGUGUCAGGGUGGUGGUGUUUCAGAGGGGGCAAGGGGACCUGGCCCAGCUCAAACCUGGAGGGAAGACCCUCACCAUCACAGUAGGCGACGGUCUGCCCAAGUCCUCCAAGCCAACCAGGAAGAGUGCUCCACAGUCUCGUGGUGGACCGAGAAAUAAUGUUGGCAGCAGAGCACACCAAAAUGGAGCAGCCAAGUUUUCCAGAGGCCAUCAGAGCCAACAAUCAGAUAUCACAUAUUCAUCCCCCCACAAACAAGGCAGACCACCCAGCGCAGCCCUGCCCAAACUGAGCUCCCAGAGGGCCCCCCGAGUCCCAACCCACAACCAGCACAACCAAGGGAACCUGGACUUCCUUAAUGUGCCUGACCAGGGCAUGUCAGGGAAGCAGAGGAAAAGGAGCAUCAGCCAGCGACCUCCUCCUGCUCCUAAACCACAGCCUCGACCCCAGGGCCCCCGCUGCCGGGCGCUGUAUCAGUACAUCGGCCAGGACACGGAUGAGAUUAGCUUUGAGGUCAACGACGUGUUCGACCUUGUCAAAGAAGAUCCAUCAGGCUGGUGGACGGGCAGGAUUCGAGGAAGGGAAGGUCUCUUUCCUGGUAACUAUGUGGAAAAGAUUUGAACAGGACAUGAUCUACCCUGUUGGACUUUGUCUCUGUUGACAAAUAGGCUGUGUUUAUUUUGUUGAAAGCAGCACAUACCGUUCGCUAAAGAAACUGCCCGUGAAUUGUUCGUGGUACAUCUUGGUCCGUAGAGGAAACCGUUUAAGGAUGGACCUCGCUGACAUUUGAGACACAUAUAAGCGCUAAAACACAGAUCCACUGCAGAGAGCUGCUCAGGUUUCAUCUCUGUUGCUCCUCUGAAUGACCUAGCAACAAGAUCUUUGACUUGACCUGCACUCCCACAACACCUUUCACUGUUACACCAUGAAAAUGACUCAAUGUUAAAGUUACAGAAGAAUGACCUGAAAAUACUGCAUCACUUCUCUGGUGUCUACAGUGUUUGUAUUUCCCCUGAAGCUUUUUCUCCAGAACAAUGUCCAAUACUGCUCAAUAUUCAUGAUGAAGACAACAGCAUAAAAUCAAGUAAUAGACAUUUUGAAAGUAUAUUGACCUUGACUGUUAUGUUUGCACUAUAACAAACCUGCUUCAGAUCAAUGAAAAACAGUGACAAAGACAAUACUUUGAUUUCACUCAAGAUAUAUAUUGCUAGUGUUUUCUCAUUUAUUUUUUUCACCUUAAUUAAAGAAAAAUGUGUUUUCCUAUUUUUACCUCAAGGAAUUUUGCACUGGUUCAGGACGUAUCAUCAGUAAGUUAUAAAAGAUUUCUUAAUAACAAAACAGAAAGAGGAGACUGAUUAACUUUAAGAAGUGUUUAUUCUGCCAAUUUUGCUUCUUUUUUUUGUGUGUGGUUGAUUUUGUAAAAUAAUGUAAUUCCCUCACAGUCAAUCAGUAUGUGUUUUUGUAUAGAAAAAUAAAGAGUUUUAACACUC